AGAAAACCAAAAAAUACAAAAACGCAAUUUCGGCGGUUGCCAACGGCGGUGUGCGGUGGCGCUGGCGGAAGAUGAUAAGUCCCCUUCAGCCUUACAACAUUUCAACUUCUCCAACACACACACAACUUGGAAUUAUCUGCCUACAUUUGUCAAGAUUUCCAAUCAUUUAAAUAUCAAUCCGAUUAUCGAUUAUCCAAUUCUGCCCCUCCCUUCGUCUCCAAACCAACCACCAUUUUCCGUUUCUCUUCAUCUCCUCUGCCCACCAAUCUAUAUAUAUACAUUUAUAAUUAUACACAACGCAUGUGUUUCUAUACAUGAACAACACGCAAUCAAGGGCAGAGACAUAAAACAGAAACAAAAACGCACGCGCAUUGCCAACGCAAUCGAUUUCUCUUCUGCGAAGAGUAAUUAUUAAGGAAACAAAAAAAAAAAGAAAAGUCCAAGUUGGAGCAGUUGAUUCUUGAAUUGAGUGAGGAUGCCUAAGUUGAACGAGGAGGGAUCAAACAAGGAGAACUUUGCCAAGGAGGAGGAGCAGCAUUAUGUUCCUCGCAAGGACAUUUUCAUGGAGAGAUCGCCUCGUAGCCCGUUGAGCAAGCACAGCCGUCCCACGAGUUCAGUGAGCCGCGACAGCGACUCUCUCAACCUAGCCAUUGAUGGGGCAGUGGAUAACACCAUCGAGGAGCUCUACAACAAUGUGUUUGAGAUGCAGAGCUCGGAUCGCUCUCCAUCCAGGCGCAGCUACCUCUCGUAUGGUGAGGAGUCGCGCAUCGACUCUGAGCUGCAUUUUCUUGCUGGAGGCGAGCAUGGUGUGGUGGAGGUUAAGAGGGAGGUAGGGAGUUGGAGUAAUGGAGAGAGGGAGGGGAAGAGAGUAGUAGCCAUCAAUCCUGCUGGUUUCAGCUGUGGCUCGCCUACUUCACAGUCGCAGGUCAGGCGCCUCUCAGAGCUUCCCUCGGAGGAAUCUAAGAAGGUGAUUCGGAGGAGCAAGACUCAAAACAGGAGGCCCCCGAAUGGGAAGCAGCCUACUGUUAAGGGUGUUGACAAAUUUGGGAGGGCUUCUUCUUUAAGGGUUGAGAGGGGUAAAGUGCAGACUGUGGCAGAGGAGAAUGAUGGCGAGGCGAGGUUUCUUGGUCCGUAUCUUCUGAAGCAGGCGAGGGACAUGAUAGCAACGGGGGUGAAUCCUAAGAAGGCGCUGGACUCGGCUAUGAGGGCUAAGAAGUCCUUUGAGGCCUGUUUGGAUGGUCAGAAGACGGCUGAUCUAGACUACGUGAUGUGUUUGCACGUUGUGUCCGCUUUGUACUGCAGGAUGGGGAAGCACGACGACGCCAUCCCGCUUCUUGAGAAGUCUAUUGAGAUUCCUGCGAUGGAUUUAGGCCAAAACCAUGCUCUUGCUAAGUUUGCAGGGUGUAUGCAGCUGGGGGAUACUUAUGCGAUGCUGGGGCAGAUUGAGAACUCGAUUCUUCUAUACACUGCAGGUUUGGAGAUCCAACGGCAGGUGUUGGGGGAGAACGAUCCGAGGUUUGGUGAGACGUGUAGGUAUCUGGCUGAGGCACAUGUGCAAGCAAUGCAGUUUGAUCAAGCGGAGCUGUUGUGCCGUUUGGCGCUGGAAAUUCAUAAGGUGAACGGAUCAAUUGCCUCGCCUGAGGAGGCGGCGGAUAGGCGGCUCCUUGGCCUCAUUUGUGACUCCAAAGCCGAUUACGAGGGUGCACUCGAGCAUUAUGUGAUUGCAAGCAUGGCAAUGGCUGCCAAUGGCCAGAAUGCUGAUGUUGCAACCAUUGAUUGCAGCAUCGGAGAUGCGUAUCUGUCUCUGCUUCGUUAUGAUGAGGCCAUCUGUGCGUACCAGAAGGCGCUCAGCACAUUCAAGGGAAUCAAAGGCGAUAGCCAUCCAUCCGUGGCAUCUGUCUUUGUUCGUUUGGCUGAUCUGCACAACAAGAUUGGGAAAUUCAGUUAUUGCAAAUCCUACUGCGAGAGUGCUCUCAAGAUUUACGCCAAGCCAGCAGUGGGGAGCCCGCCUGAGGAGGUCGCGAGUGGUUUGGUGGAUAUAUCUGCGAUCUAUGAGUCCUUGAACGAGCCUCAGCAGGCGCUGCAGCUGCUGCAGAGGGCCAUAAGAGCUUAUGGGAACGCGCCCGGCCAGCAGAGCGUUGUUGCAGGAAUCGAAGCUCAAAUGGGAGUGCUCUACUACAUCUUGGGAAGCUAUGUUGAGUCAUACAAUGCUCUGAAGAAUGCUACAAUGAAAUUUCGCCUCAUUGGAGAAAAGAAGUCCGCUCUCUUUGGUAUUGCUCUCAACCAGAUGGGGCUUUCCGCUGUGCAGCUGUUCUCGAUCAACGAGGCUGCUGAUCUGUUUGAAGAAGCUCGUGACAUUCUCGAGUCCGAAUGCGGGCCCUUCCAUGCGGAUACACUAGGAGUUUACAGUAAUCUUGCAGGAACUUAUGAUGCAAUGAGCAGAACUACUGAUGCAAUUGAAAUCUUGGAGUACAUUGUUUUGCUGAGAGAGGAGAGGCUUGGAACAGCGAAUCCAGACGUGGAAGACGAGAAGGAGAGGCUGGCUAUACUAUUGAAAGAAGCAGGACAGUCCAGGACCAAAACAUCAAGAUCACUGGAGACCUUGCUUGUCAAGAACGAUGCUGUUCAUGGAAGCAUCAUUGAGGUUUCCUAAAAACGCGAUUAAUCUCUCUGCUGAUAAUAUUUCUGGUCUCCUUUUUUGCCUAAUGUACAUGUUGAUAACAAAAGGGUUAUAGUUGCUGUAUUUCCUACUCCUUCUGGUUACAGGAUCGACGUGUGAAAUGAGAGAGUUGUGCAUGUUUUUUUGUUAAGAAAGGGUCGGUAUCACCGUGUAAUGUAGAGGGGCUUUCGAGAUGUUGCUGUCCACUGUGUUAUGUACAUAUCCUUCCUCCAAAUCUGCAGGGGUGGGGGAAGUAAUAUGGAUUUGUAUGUCACUUUCCAGUUUAUGUAAACUAUGUGUUUUACUAUAGUAAAGAUGGGAUUUCAUUUUCCUA